CUUAUAAAUAUUCAGUAGUUGAACUUCCAUGGUGUCAGAUUGAAGCAUUGAACCUCAAAAAUCUGACCCCUUUUUUUGUGGUUUUUAAGGAAGAAAAAAAUUUAGUGUUUUCAAAGGCUAUGGAGCAUGGAGGUUCCUUCUUUCACAUUGAUCAACAUGUGAAAUCAAGUUCUGUGUUGAAUGAUCCAUUGGAGCAAGAAAACAACUAUGCCAACACAGAAACUGCAGCAGCAAUAAACUCAAAUGAAGUUCAAAUCCCUAAUGCAGUUCAAAUCCCUAAUUUGAUUGGGAGAGAUAAGAGCAAAAUGCCAAUUACAAAUGUGACAAAAAUCAUGAGAAAAUUUCUUCCAAACACUGCAAAAGUCUCUGAUGGAGCCAAAGAGAUGAUUCAACAGAGUGCUACAAAUUACAUAACACAUGUAACAAGAAAGGCCAAGGAGAAGUGCCAGAGUGAGUACAGAAAGAUUAUGAAUGCAGAUGACUUGUUAUGGGCCAUUGAAAAUGUGGGCUUUGAUGAAUACAUUGGGCCUCUCAGUACUUUUCUCCAACGUUGUCGCCACAUUGAAGGAGGUAGUAGUAAUGGGCCUGCUUUUGGGCCUACUUUUGAGCCUGAGCUUAACCCUGUGGAAAUGCCCCUUAACGCUGUGGAAAUGCCCCACCCUCCUCUACCACCUCCACCACCGCCGCCACUGCCACCGCCACCGCCUCCGGCGGCGGAGAUGUUUGACCCAAAUGGUGUGAGUGGUUUUAUCAACUUUGAUCCUUUUUCUCUCUUCCAACAGGAUCAGCUGUGAGAUGAUAAUAAUCAAUAAAUAAAGAAUAAGUAGCUUGUUUAAAAUCAAAGACAAUAUAGUUGAAUUGUCAUUCUCAUUGUUCAAUUAGGGAUACAACUAUGAAUGUUUUUUAUAUGGGAAAACCAAAGCUUCAAGCUUUGUUUUGGAUGAAAUAAUUUUAGAUUGAGUGCAUUUAUUUUUGUUUACUUUAAUGAUGAUGAAUCUCACAUUUAUAACGGCUAUGUUGUUCACCAUG